AAUCAUCCCCACGUGACCAGGUUAUCCGUUCGUAUUUUUUUCAAGGUGGAGUGAAAUAAGGAUAGGGGGUAUGAUAUUUGCCUUUGCCUGUUUUAGUAGCCAUUAUUGUCAUUUUCUUAAAUCAUACAUAUAGUAUUACCGCUUCAUGGUGGCUUCGUGAGCAGUAUAGAGUUUGGGAGCCUUCCUGGACACGAACUGGUUUGGAUUAAGGUCCUUUAAUGGUCUAUUUGUGUGUGUCCUUUUUCUGACAGCAGUGUUGAGGCUGAAGUAUGGCCUGAGAGUUUGACAGAGCACGAUAUUCACGGGGACGACACAUCUGUGGACAGCUUGACAUAACUACAAGAGAAGAAAAGCAGAGGUAAAAACAAGAUUUUAAAAAUAAGUUCUCAACCUUGUCAAGUUUUGUUUACAUGCUGUUUAAAUUACAAUUUUCUGCUCUAUUAUUAAAAAUACCGCUUAUCUGUAAAUGAUGAAACGCGUAUCAUCUCCUGCACCACAAUCGUUGACAGCAUCCUGUGGACCACUGUCUGUGCGUUAUGGUAUGGAUUUGACUGUUUAACAUAUACACAGCGCCAUCUUGUGGUGUCUUUCAACUAACACAAGCAGCGUUUUUAUACCGGAAGUGAACGUGAGGUCGUCAUGGGGAGCAAAGUCAGCUCCAAAAUGGCAGCUCCGACCGCCCGAGUUAUUCAGGUACGUCUCUCCUGAAAAUAUAAUCACUCGAAAAACCUGCCUGUUAAACUCAUACUAAUGUUGUAGAGAUAAUACUGUCUUCUCCUUCUGUUUGAAACAAAUGGUGACUUAUUUGACUGAGUUUUUCUGUGAUUAUGAAUCGUUAUUGGUACAGUUACCCUUGUUGAUGUCCUUGUUUAACCGCUAAAUAACAAGUAAAGCCUCAUUUUUGUCACUUAUUGUGACAGCAGCAGGAAGGCCUUUCAAACAACAAAGUGAAAAUGUAACUGUGUUAAUGUUUUCACCAGACUGUUAGCCAAAUCUGUUACAUAUGUUAGAGUCAGAUGUGAGAUUUGUAUGGGAGAUCGUUAACUUUCUUUAAAGCUGAAAUUCACCUUUAACAGUUCAUAUAACUAAAACGUCCCGUUUAGAUCAAAAGUGCAUCACUAUAUACAUCACUAUACAGGAGUGUCAGUCACAUUUGUUGCUGGAUGUGAAGGGUAGUGUGUCUGAGAGCUGUAUAGAUUGUUGAUUAUAUAAGAAAUUUGUCUAGUCAGCCCUCUUUUUUUAUUUAAAGUUGAUUGAUGUGAUUUUGUUGAAUUUGACUGCUUGUUUCACCUUUUGUUGUCUGUAAGUGAUUUUCUACCACUGAGUUUUUUUCUUGUAAGUUAAACCAAAAUUUAAAAUCCUUGUGUUUGUCGCAAUACGUUAUUAUAAAUUUUACAUGCUUGAAUCAUGAUUUCUGACACAAAGCUUUUCUUUAAGUAUUGAACAUCCAUGUGCUUUUCCCAAAUAUAAUACAGCAUGAUUAAAUGUGUCAGUGACCCAAUUAGUCCACACUGCACUUGAAGGUAAAUUGUGUCAACUGCUUGAGGCUUUGAGAAAGCAAACACAGGAAGAAGUUACUCUUCCACUGCCGUUCACGUUUUCAACUGAGCAGAAAGUCUAUAUACCUGCCUGUCACUUAUACAAGAGCGUAAAAAAAUCUGUAGGUUUUUUAUUUAUUGACCCUGUAACGAACACAAUAUCUCACACAUGGGCGUUUUUAUGAUUUCAGGCUGUUCGACCUCAUUCUCCUCUGAUCAAGUUCCCCAAUAGACAAGACUUCCCGAGGCCCAAUGGUGAGUCUAGAAAAAAGUCAGUUUUAACAUGUAGUUUGCAUGAUGACUUAAAUAAAUAAAACAACAGCUCUGAUGUUUGCAUCACACAAGGUAGAAACGAUUGUGUGUGUAUUUUUCCAUCUUUCCUGAUUUGUGAAUUUUCUGCCUUUCUCUUGAAAUAAUGAUUUCCCUCUCUUUUUCCAGCCCAGGAGGCUCUGAAAACAUUAAUACUAAACUUUGCACCACACAACGCUCAAGCCCCUGCUUCAGCUGCUGCGCCCCCGCAGAUAUCCAGACCUCAUGUACCUAUGACCCCGAUCCCUGGCACGCCGGACACCCUGGCCUCUAUUCAGCUACUCACUGCAAGGUACCGCAGGAGACCGCUGACCGUGGACGAAAUGGAAUACAUCCAGGUGAGAGGUCAGACUGCCGACCCAAGUAAAGCAGAAUGGGUGGAGGAAGGAUUUGAGCUUUCUCUUUGGUGUCAGAACAUAACCUUUGUCCUUAAAGAUAAAGCUGCAUUGUCAUCUUCUGCUGUAAACCCACUCUUCUACCUUGGAGCUGUGGGUAUAGAUAGUUAAGGUUCAAAGUCCUACAAAAAAUGUAAUAAUGAUAGUUUAUUAUUAAAAUGGACAAAUGAAUUGAGUUUAUGUGCUGUCAUGUUUCCUCUCGAUAAUUUUGAGGUUUUUCUUACAGAUCUAUUAUUCUUCUCUUUUGUUUUCUACAGCGAGGUGGUCCAGAGUGACGUGAAGCAGCUCAAUCACUGCAACCAAAGUCCUUAUCUGUUGGUGAUCAGUAUGUCUUUAAUUCUGUCCCACAGCACAAGAGAACCUAUUGCCACAUAAGAAAUGAUGUAGAAUAAACUAUUAUGUUAAUCCUGUUUAAAUGUACAUAUGUUUAUUUUUUAGCUGUUAACGUAUUGUAGGUUUACUCUGAAAGGACAUUUGCAUUUUUUUUACACCAUUGGCCACAUCCACCUCACUAUUGAUUGUAGUGGAAAAUGCAAGUUUUUCUCACCGCUGCUAAUUCAAGAACCUUUAAUUCAAACGUUUUUCAAGCCCUGGUUCAUUAAAAGAAUUGAUGUUUCACACAGUAACGCAGUUAAUGACCGCACAGUGCUGAGGUGUCCUGGAUUAUCAACUCACAAUACUACAGAGCCAAGUAUGUUGACGAUUUCAUGUGAUCUGCUGGAACUGUGAGAUUAAAAGAAUAUGACAUUUUAAA